AUGCAUUUGUUCCUUUGUAUUCUACUCGUGCCCCUGAUCACCAGUGAGCAAUAUGCCAAUGGAAUGAACGUCAGCAUUACUGUCUUGAGCAGAACUGAGACAAAAAGUCCUUUAGUGAGUCUAGGCCCAAGCAAAGAAGAUGGCAAAACACUGAUCCUGAAUAGAAAAAAGCGUGAUGCUUUUGACAGUACAACCCUGAAAUGGGUUUACUUCCAAGGAUCUAUCCCUAGUGGAGCUGUGUCUUUCUGGAACAGUUAUGCAAAAAGGAUCGAAUACCCCUGUAAAGUAUCAAGCUGCCAUGCUGGAUUCUAUAAUCCAAGCCGUGGCUCAGCCUGUUUCUACCCUUAUGGAGACAAAGAAUUACAGAGCUCUUACUUUUCGCUUUUGGUGAAUGAAAAUGAUCUGGAGUGGUUGCAAUGGCAAAGGGAUUCAUGGGGUGAUGUUCCAUCCAAUUCUGUAGGGACCUGCCCAGGAGGCAACAUUUAUGUAGGGAGAAAUAAAUAUGGCAUUGGGAAGGUUGACCGCCAUAACAGAGCUUUCUUUAUAGGUUAUAAUGGUAAAGAGUGGUGGUAUAAAUACUAUGAUGUCCUGAUUGUUAAAAAAAACUACCGUUCUCAGAAAAUCGAGAAUGUCAGGUACAAGAGGGAUCAGGCGACAUACAGCAAUGAGGAUAUUACCUUAGUCUUCAGUAAAGUCACCAACUAUGGCUGUGGAACAGUGAAGAAGUCAACGACCUUAUCAAAAGCAGUAACGUUCGAAUAUCGCUGGGACAUUAGCAGUUCUGUCUCCGUGAGUGUGAGCACUAAGAUGACAGCAGGGAUUCCGGGAGUCUUUGGGGCAGAAUGGAGUAUUUCUGCAGAGCACACUUUUGGCUGGAGUAAAGGUUCCACACAGAGCAGAUCAACCACUAUUACUGAAACAGUUGAAGUUUCUGUCCCACCCAACCAGAUCUGUGAACUGUCAAUGGAAGGCAAAAGAAUGAAAGCAAAUAUUCCUUUCACUGCUAGAGUAACUCGCUACUAUAAUGAUGGCACGGAACGAAGUGCCACAGUCCAAGGAGUCAGCAGAAAUGUGGUUGUAGCACAAGUACAUGUCAUUGUAAAACGGUGUCAACCCAUCCUGAAUGCACCUCCAUGCAGGUUUAUGUAAUUGACAUUCAGCCACGUACAGCUGAAAUCAAGAAGAGAAAAAAGCGCAUUU